AAAGCUCGAUGGAAAAAGCAAAGAUUCUGGUAGGUUUCUGGUAGGUUUCUGGUAAAGUUAAGUUCUCAAGGCUAUCUACGUAUCGUGUGUGUCAGCAGCUAGCAGGGCAAGACGAGGGUAGCAAGGCAGGGCAACGGAAACGGACUUUCGGGCAUCGUACCUUUUACAUCUGUAUAGCCAGCCAUACAUACUUCUAGAAUCGCACUAUCGAUCAUACUUCUGCCAGUAAAUUGUGUGGAUUCGAUAUUGGACGGUUACUUUUCCGAGUAUGGUCAUACUGCAUACAUCUAUACUUCCCCAAGAGACUGAGCGACCCGUGGACGAGUAAUACCUACCGAGUAAGAGGUUACUUACACAUACAUAUUAUAUUGUAAUGUCAUGCAAAGAGCCUCAGCGCAACACAACACAACUACCUGCAGUCAUCCUUUCGCGCUCUUCAUUUCUCCUGCAGACACAGACCUCACCAUCAUCCAUUCGAAGUGCUACCGUGCCAGCAUACAUGAUCACUUGCGCAAUCGUUCAAUUUAUUGUUUUAAAUAGUAUAUACAUUUGACCACUACUUUCUUUAUAUUCCAUACAGUAUCGCGGAUUGAGAUUUCGUUAUUUGGGAGGAGGGAUUGGAUUGGAUAUUACGGGAACGGGUGCCGAUAUUACGCAUAUCUCCUUUGAUUGAUCGAUUGAAAGCGAACAUAAACACGACCCCGAAUACUACUGGCGCAAGAUUUGUCGAUAAAGAUUAGUACAAGUGGAAGUGGAGUGGCCUCUGCGUGAGACGGUCGGGCUAGGAGACGGUUUGCGAAUUAGGGUCAUCCCGUCCUUGGUGAAGUGGUGCGUCUGGAAUAUAUAUUUAUAUACGAACUAUUCGAAGCUAUAUUCGUUACUCGCGAGCUACGCUCGCAAGCUCCCGCCCACAUGUCGGACGAUUUUGCGGCUCCCAUAAAGGGUAUCAUAAAGGCACUAGAUGCGGGGAUAAAGUUAACGAAGAGGGUUGCGAGAUCUGCGAGCGAAGGGCCGAGUAAUUUAAUUUAUAUAUCGGAGUUGGCACAAAAUUUACAGAAGAAUUUGGAAAAGACUAGUCAGGCUAUCGCGGAUGCUUAUAGAGAUGCUGCAGGAUCAUAUGGUGAAGAUUUUGCCAAGGCUUUGAUGGAGGAUGAAUCUAUUCAAAAUCGAUUGAAAGAGGUUAAGAUAGAUCUGAGGGAUCAAAUUGAUGAAUGUCAGGAUUUCGAUGAAAACCUCGAAUCUUUUCAAGCAUCAGCUUUUACAAAUGUCAAACAACAAUCGAAAAGAUGUCGGACGGAAUGUACUUUUAUCUUCAACAAUCUGCGGGAUCGGAUAGAUCAGACGGAUCGUCAUGACUUUCGGAUGGAGGAUAGGUCUCCCCCAUUGAGUCCUGCACAUGUACCGAUUAUGGAACAAUCUCCUAGAAGACCACCGGUAACAGGUUCUAUAAAUCCUAGCGCUCCGCCAUAUUCAUCACUGCCGUCCCAGAUUGAUAGACAAGUUAUUGAUCAUAAAGUUUCGUUAUCUGAUCCUCCGAAAAGGUCUCCCAAAAAGGAAGAUCCAUGGAGUCUGAGCGGACCAUAUUUCGAUGUAGGACCAAGGACUCCUCCUCGUGGUCCAUCUCCAGAACCAAGUUAUCAAGAAUCGAUACAAGCUACACCUCCUCCAAAAUAUGGAUAUGAAACACCACCUUCAAAGCAAAUACUAAUAGCCAAAGAACUAGUAUAUCAACGACUAAAUGCGAAUGAGGAAUUCCUGGAACGGAGAAAACAGUCUCGUAUGUCAUUUCAUAACGAAAUACGGAAAUCAGUCUCCUCGAUAGAAGAGAAUAGGGCAAGCGAGACUUUUAGCGAUGGAUCGAUGCUUACAUCUCCUUGGUCUUCAUAUUCGUCAGCUAGUAGUCCGAUAGAGAGGCAUAGUUCUAGAGGAAGUGGAUAUGAUGAUCUAAUAGGACGGAAAAGAAGUCAAGGUCAGACUUCUCAGGGAGGAAGUUCGAGAAAUGGAUCAUUACGAGAUCGAGAUGCUACACCUGCAUCUUCGAGUACGACGAAACCAGAUAAUGAAUAUUUCCCUACUGCCUCACUAAAACCCCCCACGCCAAUAUCAGCGACGCCAGCCAGUCCUGGCAUUAGCGAAUAUCAACCUUCGGAAUCAGGAACUUCGUUAUGGUUGAAAAGUCCAGUCAGUCCACCAAUGUCUGAAAUCCAUGACCCAGCUUCAUGGGGUAGACUGGCACCUGCAACCACAACUCCAACCUCUACUACAUCCUUAGCUACCACAUUACAACUACCUGGUUUUGGCAAUGGAGUUGAAGGUGGAUUGGAAGUUGUUCCUGUUAUCGAAAGUGGUUUAGAAGUUGUACCAACUCAAGAUCCCGAACCAGUACCAAUACAGCCUUCGAAUCCCAUUCCAGAGAAUAGAAGUCAAAGUCAAUUAGCAAUGCAUAGAGUCACUCCUUCAAUGAAAAGUAUAGAUUGUCCUAUGAGGCAUGAUAGUUCGUUUUAUAAAUUCGAUGGAUUUUGUCCCGGAGCUAAAGCAAUGAUUAGAGGGGAAACUGGGUUUAAAGUCGUUAAGAGACCUUCGAAGGAUCAGGGCCAUUAUAGUGCUACUCUGAGUGCGAGAUGUAUUAAGUGUGCCUAUGAGGUUGGAUGGAAUGAUGUGGAAAAGGAUAGGUUGCUUGAUCGUUCUGGUAUAUAUUCUAAUACCGGUAUUCGAUGGCGUCAACGAUUUAUUUCCAAAUGUCAUCUUAAAACGUCUUCAAUAGAUGAUCCUAUCUAUGGCUGUAUAUUUUGUAUUGAAGAUCAUCGCACAGUUGAAGAACACGAUGCAACCGUUUUCUUUAGCGUAACAUCUCUAUUUCGUCACCUAGCCCGUCAUCCUCGUCCCCUUCCUCAAGUAGCAGGUAUUACAACCGUCUACGGAAUUCAACCUCCUUCAGUCCUUGAUUUCGACAUUCAAUUCACAAUUCACGAACCUAAAUUUUCUCCCUAUUGCAUGUCUGAGAUCACAUCCAAAGUAGCAUCUCGUCCUACUGCUCACGCAAUAACGACGCAUCAUCCAAAACCUGUCGCCAAAACUUUUCGCGAUCCUGACGGUCAACAAAGUAUGCAUUUUGCAGACGGUGCGAAAAUUGUGGGGAUUACGUUUCCGGAACGCUUCGGGGGUACUUGGUGUAUAGGAUAUCAUGAUGGCGAACGAGGCUCUUUUCCCGCCAAUGCUGUUUCUUUCCUUUCGCCACCGCGAGAUGAAGUAAAAAUGAAUCCACAGAGUUCUCUUCAAGCAGUCGCGAAAUGGGAUUGGAAGCCGAAAGAUAAAGAAGAAGGAUGGCUUAAAUUUUCGAAAGGAGAGAGAAUCUAUAGUGUGGGGUAUGCAUGGCAAGAUCAAUGGUGUUGGAGUGGUUGUACUAGUAAAGGCAAAUGGGGACUUUUCCCAAGUAGUUUCGUGGAGGAUUUAAUAAGUACGGAUUCGUCAUCUGGUAAUGCUAAAGCGUCGAAGAUAUUAGGCACGGAUAUUGAGAAAAAAGAAAGAGGAGGGUUAGGAGCAGCCUUUGGCUUCUCGGGAGGAAAGGGGAGGAUGGUUAGUUUUCCUUCUAGUUUGAGUAGGAAUAGGAGUGCGAGGGGACCACAAAGUCCGGUGCAGAAAGAGGGAGAGGCGCUGAGGGAAAGAAGUGGGAGUUCGCUGAGUGGGUUGAUGGGGUAUGGACAUCGGAGGGCGGCGAGCGUGAGGAGUAAUGGGAGUACGGCGAGUACGCCUAGUAGUCCGUUGGUGGGGGUGCAGUCGGGAUUGGAGGUGGAUGUGGGGAUUAGACCGGGGACUUUGGGGGGAGAUGGUGGGUUAGCUGGUGGUGGGAGUGGGAGUGGGAAUAGGGGGAGUAGUGGAAGUGUAGGAUCGGCUUCGAAAGGCGCGGCGGGGAAUGUGAAUAGAGGGAGUAAUGGGAGUAUGAGUGGGGGAAUUUUGGGGAGUAGUUGGUUGAGGAGUUAG